GUUACGUCCCCGAUUGUGUAUACGCUGAGUUGGAAAUAUUGGGGAAGAAAUUUAAGAUGGCGCUCAUCUUAGCAAGAGACCCACGCUUUAAACGACUCACUUGUACACAUAAGGGACAUUACGCUGAUGACUGUAUAAUCGAGAGAGUAACCGCUCAUAGAGUUUACAUUGUAUGCACUAACGAUAUUAACCUCAGACAAAGAUUAAAAAAGAUCCCUGGGGUCCCUAUCAUGAUGGUCGGAAACCACAAAUUCACCGUCCAGAAACUCCCAAGUGCUCUUUAA